CAGAGAGAGACGCGCAGAAAGAGAUCAGCUGGCGGAUGGGGGCAGGGACGCGGUUGGUGCAUUGAUCCAGCUGGCAGGAUCAUGCGGCAGCGCCGGGGCUGCAUCAGAGUGCUGGCUCCAUUCUGCGUCCUGGUUAUCUUCCUCUUACUCACGCUGACUGCUUCCUACAAGCCGGUCAUUGUCGUCCAUGGCCUCUUUGACAGCCCUUCCGACUUUGGAGCCCUGUUAGAGUUUAUCAAUGAGACCCACCCAGGAACCAACGUGACGGUUGUUGAUUUAUUUGACCGCACCGAGAGCUUGAAACCGCUUUGGAUGCAGGUGGAGGGGUUCAGGCAAGUCAUGUACCCCAUUAUGCAAAAUGCCGUUGAUGGGGUCCACCUCCUCUGUUACUCUCAAGGAGGACUGAUCUGCCGCGCUCUCCUCUCCACGAUGCCCGAUCACAACGUGGACACCUUCAUAUCUCUCUCUUCCCCACAAAUGGGACAAUAUGGGGACACCAAGUACUUAAAAUGGCUGUUUCCUGAACACAUGAAAUCCAAUCUAUAUCGCUUGUGCUACACACAACUGGGCCAGGAUUUCUCUAUCUGUAACUAUUGGAAUGAUCCACAUCAUCGAGAUCUUUACCUCAACAACAGCAAUUUCCUGGCCCUGUUGAAUGAUGAGAAGGUCAACCCCAACGCUACAGCCUGGAAGAAGAACCUCCUGCGGAUCCGGAAGAUGAUUUUGAUUGGGGGUCCGGAUGAUGGUGUUAUUACACCGUGGCAGUCCAGCCUUUUCGCCUUCUAUGAUGAUAACGAGACAGUGAGAGAAAUGAAGUCCCAGUCGGUCUACCUUCAGGACACGUUUGGUCUGAAGACCCUGGAUGCUCGUGGUGAUAUCGUUUUCUACACAAUGCCUGGUGUCUCCCACACAUUGUGGCACUCCAAUCGCACUGUCUAUGACAGAUGCAUCUCUCCCUGGCUGACGUAGCUGGUGGGCCCCAGAGAAGAGCAAAUGGAGGAGAGGGCCCUCAAGGAAGAUGUGCUACCUUCUUACCUCGCCUUGGUACUUCUCCUCCCACAGAGAAGAAUCCUUGUUUGUUACCUGUAGUUUUUCUAGGAUGAUUGAUAUUUUCUUUCAUAGUGGAAGAAGCUUUUCUGUGGGAAUUUUGCGGCAGGGGCUGGCAGCUAUUUUAUGGGUUCCAGAGUGCUGCGUUGUGGGGAAGGGAGGCAUGUUUGAACUAUUAAAACUACAAUUGGGGGGUUUUUUGCAGAGGAAGAACCACAAAAAGGAACUGUUUGGCAGGAUGUUGGAUUUUUUUGUAAGAAGCUGAAUUUGGCAGAGAGACUGAGAAGAAGGAAUUUUGAUUAUAUUUAAAAGGCGAUGCAAGGCAGAAACAGUCUUAUUCUUCAUUCUCAAACUGUGACAGAAAUGUAUACAGAAACUGUAGAAACCCCUCUGCUCCCCUCCACCCUGCAGCCAGUUGAAAUUUUGCCCCAGAAGACUUUGCCAUAAGCUCUGAGAGAAUCUUUUAAGUUGCUCAUAUCCUGGCCCUCCAAAAAUCCCUUUUGACUUUAGUAACCUCAAAAGUUUAGUGAAUCAAAUUGUAUGUCUGACUGAAAAAUUGUUCUUGUUUUUUCCCCUCCCCCUCUUCUAGAAGCACACUUUCAGGAUCUCAGGAUGAUGAAAGAAAAUUGAUCUAGACUGAGAAAUUUCAUAACUUGUUCCACCUGUUUCAAAAAUCCCUCUACUGUAAGGAACAGCUGUUAGCUGAUUCAAGGGACUUCUACUAGGAUCUCCUCUCGCUCUUGAAGAAAACUUCAGAGUUUCAUACUUUGACAGUAUUAAUUCUCUUUCAUCCCGGUACAGUACAACCUAAGCAAUAGGACUCAGGUUUAACUUUAACCUCAAAAUGGGGUACACAGAAGGGAAUCCUGGAGAUUCCAGUUAGUUGCAUGUUAAGCUGUGUUUGGUGAAUUUCAAGGUACUAUUUCAUAGUAGGAAACUUUAUUCUUGCAAAUGAAGAAAAUGUAGAGAUGUUGUUUAUGUUGCACAGAAUGGAGUGAUCAGAGCAAAGUAGCAAAAUUAUGGAGAGUGAUAUAUGUUAGGCUGAGAUCUCAUGUUCGGUAAUCAUGAGGUGAAUGAUGUGGUAGCUGUCCAGACUGUCUCUUCAUGUGGCGCGUACCGCACAUUGAUCUGAGAGUCUGUUUCUUUUGUGCGAGUUUCUGCAGGCACACCUUGCCCUUUUUUUCCAUGUCAGUCAUCUGUGAGAUAUUAGACUGACUAAGGGCCGAGCUACAUGUUACAUUUUUUAGUGAGUCUGUGUUCCCUGGACCUGACUUGCUUUCCCCACAACCGCACAGCAGCUGCAGGGAAUGUCCUUUUUAAAAUGUGCAGAGCCCUGAUUCUCCUUGGAGCUGCAGUGUGGGGGAGGAGGGGCUCAGGUGGAGCUCCUAAUGUUUGCAAAUAACUUCACGUUGGGGCCAUUUUGGCUAGGGAACAUGGCACCUGGGGGAGGAAUACAGGAGCCCCUCCUUCCCUCACACUGCAGUUCCAAGCAGAAUCGAGCUUCUGCCAGUUUUUAAAAGGACAUGCUCCGCAGCUGCUGUGUGGCUGUGGGGAAUGCCAGUUGGGUUUGGGAAAGUGGAGAAACCUGGAACCGAGUUGCCAAAAAACAUAACAUGUAGUAGCUGCAAGUAAAGUACCCAUUUGGAUGUUCCAGCUGCAGCUGCCCUGCAGUUCACUAUUUGAGCCGAUUUAUUUUUAAUCCACUUCUAAGGGGGGAAACGCAGGAACUGGAUGAUGUCUGCCCGAGUGGGUUAGAGACUACAGAGAAGGCAACAAAAUGAAAGGAUGACGACCUGACUCUGCAAUAAGAACUGAGUGAGCAGACUAAUAACUGUAGUGCAGGCAUGACCGUGUGUGCAUGUUUGUGCUGAUGCAUAAAAUGCCAUGCGUACAGGCAACACACACAAGUUAUAUUGCAGCUUUGGAAGAUGUAAAUGCAGUGCACUGAGGACUUACCCUGAGAUGUAAAUGCAGUGCACUGAAGAAUUACACUGAGAUGCAAAUGCAGUGCACUGAGGGAUUGUUAAGUGGAGGCGUGUUUGGAAAUUUGACAUCAUCACCCACAACCUGAAGAGGAGCACUCUAGAAUUCUACCCCCUCGGUCUUUGUGGUGUGGUUUUGUUUUUUACUUGAGUCAGGCGCAGAUGAAAGAGAAAUCCUUUGAGGUGGCAACAGUCAGAGCUGUUUGUGUACUCUACCCAGGAAACAAAUAGGUAGUGUUCCCAUUUUGUUAUAUGAGUUAAAUAUAUUUGCAUAAACUGCCCUCGUUUGCAUAAAUUUGUCCAAGGUGUGGUACUUUGAGAUUUCUGUAACAGCUGCCAAAGAAUAGAGAAAUAAGGUGAGGUGCUUCCACUGGGGCACAUCAAAUGGUGACCUUGAGGGGGAAAAACUAGAUGGGAGAAGUCUUGACAAAAUUCUCACUGUGCCUAGGGUUGCCAGCCUCCUGGUUGGGACCUGGAGAUCUCCUAGAAUUACAAGUGAUCUCCAGAUGACAGAUCAGUUACCCUGGAGAUAAUAGUUGCUUUGGAGGGUGGACUCUAUGGCAUUAUACCCUGCUGAGGUCCCAAAUCCUCCCUUCCCCGAGGUCCACCCCCAGAUCUCCAGGAAUUUCCCAUGCUGGAGUUGGCAGCCCUAACUGCACCAGAAGUCGGCAGAAGAGGAAGGAGAGGAGAUGUCCGUAGUGCAGAUUUGCUGGCAGGCACUGGCCACCCAUCAUCACUCCUGAUCCCUCUCCCCAUCACGAACAGCUUUGGGCAGAGGGAAGGAUGCACCAGAAUGCAUUACUUCUUGUGGGGCAAAAACCAUGAGGUGCAGUGAGGAGCAAAAAGGGUAGAAACAUGGAAUGAAAGGGCAGGGAGUACUGUUAGAUGUAGAUGCCCUGUUCCUUGGGGCCUGUCCCGCUCUUCCCUUUUGAUGUUUUCUACUCCCCAACAACCACGAUCUCUAGAAAGUUGGCUUUUAAAAAAACUUAGAAUGCAACUCAACAUGUGGUUACAUGUUUAUGGAAUACACACAACUCUUUGUUUUCAAAGUGUGUGGAACAAAAAGGCUCACCUGUAGAAAGAAAGAAGAAAAUCAGGACACUUUGCUGUAUUUUGUAUGGUAACAGAUAGCCUAGUGAGACAGGAUGGGAUUGUCUACAGGGAUUUCCCCCCCAUUAAAGUGAGGCAAGCCUCAAAAAUAUUUUAUGGUACUCGGAAUAAUCUGAAGUGAUCUGCAAAGCUAGCUUCGUGAGGAAGAGAGGUGGUUUGCACAAUUAAAGUCUGAAAAUGUUUACAAACAGCUUGGAAAUCUGUAGCUGAGUUCUGAGGUGCUUCGGCACACUGCUGCUACUUUUAGGUGAAUAGUGUAUACUGUUGAUUCUUGAGGAACUUUUUAGUGGUAAGCUCAAGGAAUUGUGGUUGGAGAGUGAGUUAUCUAAAUCUGUGAGUAUUUAAGACUUAGCUCAGAAUUGGGGUGAGAGAGAAAUUGGAGGGGAGAACAACACAUGAGUUCUUAGAUAAAAGCAUGGAGUCUAGUUAAAAUGGAAGAGGUGGGGAGUGGCAGCACUCAGGACUCCUGGCCUACGUUUACAUGAACCAACGCUAUAGUAGUGCUUCGUUUGGCUUAGCCAGGACCAUGGCCGUUUCCACACGGCUUACCUCUGCCCGUAACA